GGUCGGCGGCGGUGGCUCGUCGAAUCGUCUCAAUAUUACUGGAUGUCAUAUAGGCGGUGGUCGACGGUCGCGAUAGUGGAUGUGCCGAAGUCGCCCAAACAGUUUGCGCACACAAUGUAUACCAUCCGAUUUUGUUUCACCGCCACCGUAGCGUUUCUCGUUGUCACGAUCGGCGGCAGAGGCGUGUCUUGUGAAGAUUAUAUCGUUUUGGGUCGGAAGUGCUGCCCGUCGGAUCGGCUGUACGAUCCGGAAAUGCGGUUCUGCAGACCACACGGGACGGACGUUGUAGAGUACGAGGAGAGGUUUAUUAAUCGACUGCGAUACGGAUUCCGGAUAGCGGACAAUGAUUUGUUAAAUAUGACCUAUUAUCCGCCACCAUAUUGCAAUGCCAUGGAAGUGCUAGUCGACAUGCCCGCCGUGGAGGUGCGUGGGCUGAUGGAGGCGAACCCGUCGUCCGUCGAGUUGCCACCGGACCACUGCUUCGACCUGACGCCGUCCGAUGAGCUGGUGGCCCGGGGGUGCCGCCCGCACGACCAAUACUGCGGCCGGGCCAAUUACACGUGCGUCAACAAGUGUUGCGGCGUCGGACGUAUUUUCGUCUACGACCCCGACAUGGGCGAUUAUGUGUGCAAAUAUAGCGAGAUGCCAUUCGAUUUGUCCGCGUAUGAAACAGACGCAGGCGGGAGUCCGGUGCGCCUGUCGAACAACACGGUGCUGCCGUUGGACGACAGAUCCUCGUGUGAAAAUAUCCAGGCAAUAAACAACAGAUUCGUGCUGACCACGGAUGGCAACCUCCACUUCACCAUCGAAUACGGCGAUUGGGUCAUACCAGAGACGGAGUACUGCUUGGAGUAUGAAGCCGAGGUCUGGUCAUCGGAGGCCAACGAUCUGAAGGCAAACCUGUGCACGAAUGUCAAACUACCACCGUACAGUUUCGUCUUUUGGGUUAUUCUUACCGCGUCUAACGUGUGCCUGGUGCUCACGCUGAUCGUGUACGCUACACUGCCUUACCUCCGGAACACCCACGGCUACUACGUUAUGUUCUACAUGGCCUGGCAGCUCAUGUACUUCGUCUGCCAAACGAUCAUGAAUACGACAAAACAUGACAUAUACAGCCCGUUGUGCAUUCCAUUCGGUUAUUUUUCUUUAUUUACAACUCUGACAACAUGUUGCUGGUUAAACGUAAUAUGCUUCGAUAUUUACUGGACGCUAAGGUACAACAAUUUAACAAACAGAAAUACAUCAAAUUCAGUACGUACCAUUAUGUACCAUAUUUACUGUUGGGGAUUUUCAAGUAUUAUCGUGUCUACUGGUUAUUUAUUUCAAAAUUCACAAAACGAAACGCUACGGAAAUUAGCACCCGAUAUUGGAAUAUAUAGAUGCUUUUUUUUCGUGGACGAUCAUGGACUUUUUAUUUUUUACUUGCUACCUUCCUGUGAUACGCUGACCGCCAAUUUAAUUUUGUUCUUACUAACUGCUAUUCAUUGUUCAAGAGUUAAAUCUGAACUCCAUAAAUUCAGACAAACCGAUUCAAAAAGAGAAAAGUUUCUUGUUUACAAAGAUAGAUUCGUAAUGAGCAUCAAACUAUUUCUGGUUUUUGGAAUCCCACUUUUAUUUCGUAUGCUAUGUAAAUUAUUCAAUAUUGGAGGCAUCAUAUGGAUAAUUAUAAAUAGAAUUUACUAUCUACAAGGAGUGUUCAUAUUUAUUAUAUUUGUGUCAAAGCGCAAAGUUAUUAUGGACUUACGGAAAAACUUUAGACGUUCAAAAGUUCACAGAGAGUUGACAACAAUUAACAAUAUCUCUGGGUCGUCAUAAAAGUGCUCAUAAAAGUUAUAAUGAUUUCUAAAUGCAAUAUGAAUAUACUAUGUAGAAUAUUAUUAUAUUAUAUAUUAAGACUCUAAGCCUUAUGGAUUAAAAA